GAAGGCAACAAUAAGAAAGGCGGGUCACCGCUAGCAAUGGAAGACGCAGAGUGGCGGCGCUUUUGCUCGCAAAGGGUGCGCGACGCGAUGGGAUGCGGGUGGAAGUGCGCGCAACGCUCGCUGAUGCGCUACCGCUACGCGUGGAUAAGGCAGGGCGAGGGCCAAUGCGAGGGUGAGCGAUGGGGGAGUGAGUGAGGAGGCAUUACGCGGCGUUUGAGAGGGUCUGAAGCAGCACCCAAGUGGAAUCUGGAUGCGCGGGCGGAGGCGCCAGGGAAGCGGAGGAGCAGGCGGAGAUGGUGCGAGGGCUGGCGAAGGCAGUGCGAGGCGCGAGCAAGGCAGCGAAGAAGAGCAAGCAAGAGUAUGAGGAAAGUUCCGUCGCGUCGCAGGAAGGCUCCUUCGGCGCUCGCUCCUUCCCCCACGACGUGAAGGAAGCCUGCUGGGCCAAGGCUGAGACCGUCAAAGGCCGUGAUCCCGCGCGCUGGCGCCGCGACGCACUUGGAAACGUCGUCUUCCGGAAGCUUGUUGGCUGCCAGGGCUGCCUUUGUCACGAUUACGACCAUAUUGUGCCGUAUUCCAAGGGGGGACCAAGCACGCUUGACAAUUGCCAGGUUUUACAGGCACCUGCCAAUCGUUUUAAAGGAGCCCGUAUUAAUGUCCCAGUAACCGAGAUGCAGCAACAUAGUGCUUACUGCUCACUUACAGGACGGGAUAUGGACUUUGUAGAGCUGUCGGCCUAUGGCAAUGUGAAUCACAACAAGGACGAUGAAGGAGGUAUCGGCUGCCGAAUGCAGUGAUGUAAGGAAAUGCUUUACUACUUCCUGGAUGUAAACAAGGAAUAGGAUAUGAAGUGCAUACAACAAAAGCUCUUAAAAUUGCUGCCUGAUCAUGGGUUUCCCAACCAAAAUUACUAUUUAAACUAUUUCGGCUAGUUCGACUCAUUAAUUUGGAUUGUGGCAUUCAUCCACACUGAAUUGAUGCAAAAAAAAACUCACACAAUCAUUGUUUUGCUAGAAAAAGGUUGCUUAUUAGGGGUUGUAAAAGGAGGGUAAUGGAACAAGGAGUAAUUGCACGGUGUAUACACGUGGGUCAAUCUUUUCUUAGUGAAUCCGCUCUUUAUUGAUGUAU